UGUAAAACCGGUAGUGACGUAAUGGCGCGAAUCCCAACAAGGAGGUGUUGAGACUCUUUUCAACACACUAACGAUAAUAACGAUUGUCAGCUGAUUUUCACUAAAUUCUGUCCGUCCCUGACACCAUUUGUCUUGAUAAAAAACACAACAUACCAAUUAUAAAGUUAAGUUGGUUUCAAAUGUUGGCUAACCGGCAAAUGCUAAAGCUGUAUGGUAAAUCUGUUCUUUUCUACACAGUUGGAAAAAAAAUGAAAAUUUAGGUACACAUAUUUGGACUAUUUCUUCCAUAUAUAUAACAUUUUGGACUGCUUUGGUCUACCUGAAAGAGCAUCAUCAUGUCCAUCGGAGACAAGGAAGGCUUCAUUGUUAAGUUUGUAGCAAGUAAAGGACAGGAGUCAGAGUAUGCUGCCAAGUCUUAUGAGGCCAUUUUAGAGCUGCAGUCGGAAAAGUAUCUUAAGAGGAUCGACGAGGACACUGUAUUGAAGAUGGACCAGAAGGACAAGUCUCUAUUUGUCUUUAGUGACUUCAACACUCCUGCCUUCCAGCACUGCAAGAAUCUCGGCUGCCGGGUUGUCAGUCCUUUGGUGGUGUUGUUCUGCCUGCAGCAGCAGCGCUGUGUUCCCAAAGCAGAGAAACCUGUCCACAACAUGGCCAUGGCCGAUGUCACCAUCUCAUGUACCAGCCUGGAUAAAGCAACUCGGGCAGAGGUGAUGGAUCUAGUGCAGCUCAUGGGCGGGCGAAGCUAUCUUGACCUCAACGUGUCCGUCACUCACCUGAUUGCAGGCGAGGUGGGCAGUAAAAAAUACCUUGUGGCUGCCAGCCUAGGUAAACCCAUCCUGCUUCCCUCAUGGGUCAGAGCCUGCUGGGAGAAAUCUCAGGACAGUCUGUUCAGAUACACAGAGCUCGCUGUUGAGGACUAUCUUUGUCCCGUGCUGCGAGGUUGUACCGUGUGUGUGACAGGUCUGUCCAGCACGGAACGUAAAGAGGUACAGCGGCUCUGUGAACAGCACGGCGGCAAAUACACAGGUCAGCUCAAAAUGAACGAGUGCACGCACCUCAUCGUUAGCGAACCAUCAGGUCAGAAGUACGAGUGUGCACGCAAAUGGAAUGUGUAUUGCGUGUCUCUACACUGGCUCUUUGAUAGCAUAGAGAAGGGCUCCUGUCAGGAUGAAUCCCGCUACACCAUGGAGCGCAAUGCAUCCAAAAGCACUCGGCCACACACGUCUACGCCGACCACUGACAGUAGCAAGAAGGAAGAGGGUCCAUCUCUUUUGGGUUUGAGUCACAUCUCUGUCAACGCCAGCAUGACAAUAAAUGACACAGCUCUCACGAAUGGAACCGUCAGCCGUGUGGAAGCUCCGGACCCCACAGAGAGUCUGGAUCUGACUGUGUGUACAGCAGAUGAUAUCCUGGACGGCUGUAAGGUGUAUCUUUGCGGCCUGCCCAUGAAGAAGCUGGAAAAGCUGCGGCGUGCGGUUAACGCGGCAGGGGGUCUUCGCUUUAACCAGCCUAGUGAUGAUCUCACACACGUUAUAAUGGGAGAACUAGACCAGGACCUCAAUCAUUUUCUCUCCAAAACCAGUCACAGACCUCACGUGGUCACAGUACAGUGGCUGCUGGAUAGCUUCUCCAAAGGCCGUCUCCUCCCAGAAGAAGGCUUCCUCCACCCUGAUUGUCUACCUCCUUCUCCAGCAGUAGUGUCCGCACCGGCUUGUCGUGCCCCUGCCGCAAGGCUCUCAACAGGAACCCCAGCAGCAAGUCCUAGCACUCCCAGGGAGAGACAAGCACAGGAGGACCUGCUGUCACAGUACUUGGACGAUGACCCGACAGUCGUUGACAUGCCGCCGCCAGCCGUGCAUAACAGCAGGAGGUCCAUUGAUGCGUCCUGUGAGCCUCGACUGCAAUCCUGGACCCAUAACGACAGUGUACGACCAGAAUCUGACUCGACCGUGCUAGAGCCCAGCGAGGCAGGCCUCUUUGCUGGGAAAUGCUUCCUCCUGCAGGGUUUUGGCUCAGAGGCCGAUGCCCAGCUCUCUCAGAUGGUGACAGAGAACGGAGGCCGGGUGCUGGUGAGCCGUACCUUCGCCGUCGCCGACUACGCUGUAGUCCCUCUCUUAGGCUGUACUGUUGAGGCCACAGUGGAUGAGGUUGUCACGGACACAUGGCUGGCAAUGUGUGUGGAGAGAGAGAGUGUUCUGGAGAUCUCUUCCAAUCCUCUCUUCGCUCCUGUUGCUGUGAUGGAUGGAUGUUUUCCUCUCAAAGAUUGUGUCCUGUCUGUCAGCCAGUUCACAGGAGCAGAGCGGGAGUCCUUGGUGGAGCUGGCAAAACACCUGGGAGCCAAUGUCCAGGACUAUUUUGUGCGCCUGCCCAACCAGAAAAAAGGAAUGUUGGCAAGCACUCACUUGGUGCUGGUGAGCCCAGAUGGCACGAAGUACCAGGCAGCAAAAAAGUGGGGGCUUCCAGCGGUCACCAUGCAUUGGAUAAUGACAUCGGCAAGAACCGGAAAGCGGGUGGCGGAGGAGCGAUUCCUGGUUGAUCUGCCAGCUUCUUCAGAUGUGGAGGAUGGGAGUUUUGUUGGUGCCUCCCAGAGGACAAUCAUGGCUCCGCCGGCACGCUCUUCUCCAGAGAUCCCCCUACUUGGUCUACAGAGCGGGAAGGCGGUCACUCCAUUAGAUUUAGGACGCUUCCAGAGCAAAGUAUUCCGGUCUGUGUUGAAUGAGACAAAAUCCAAGGAAGAUGUUAGACAAAACCAUGAGGGCAGUAUAAAGAACUCUCUCUGCAAGGAACCCUCUCUGCAGCUGGACACUCCUUCUCGUUUUCUCAGCACAGAUCAGCUCUUCAGGCCCUCCUUCAAUAUCAAGGAUGCCUUAGGAGCACUCGACACUCCGGGUGGGACAUCCAAACCUGGCCGGAGGGCAGAGACACCGCUUACAGACGUCAUCAACCGGAACCUGAAAGUGGCGCUGGCCAACAGCACCUGCAAUAACGAUAUCUCCGACAUGCAAGCAGCGUCUGCUAGCCCCCAGCUCAGCACAACCAGGAAGGAGGUGCCAGAAAAAGAGGUGGGCCCACUGACAGGCCUUGUGAUCUGUGUGGGGAAAAAGUUGAGUAAGAUGCAGAGCAAACUGAACGCCGUGGCCGCCUCGCUUGGAGCCGACUUUAGGUGGGCCUGUGACGACACUGUGACUCACUACCUCUACCAAGGCCGAGUGGGAGACAACAGUCGAGAAUAUAAAGCAGUGAAGGAGAGGAAGCUGCAUGUGGUCUCGCAGUAUUGGCUGCAAGCUUGCGCAGAGGAGCAGAAACGUGUCUCAGAGUCUCUGUAUCCUUUCACCUACAACCCCAAGAUGAGUCUAAACCUCAGUCAGGUUCCCAGCAGCUCCCAGAGGUCUCCACCUUUCACACGAACACAACUCCAAGACAUCACCGAAGCCCGAGAUGACAGAGCUGUUGGAGAACCUUCAAUCCCCUGCUGUGGAGAUCAAGAAGCAGAGAGGACUGAUAUUUCCCAGACUCUAGAGAUGAGAGAAAAUCUACAAAGACAGCUUCAAGAGAUCAUGUCGGCCACAAAGCUAGCAACAGGGAGACGUACAUCAAUGCGGCUAAGUCGUAUGGGGUCAGCAGGCGCCAACUCGAGCACCAACACUCCUGAGCGAAGCAGGUCUGGACGCAACGGCGGCAGCAGUCGCACCCUGGAAGCAUUAAGGGUCUCUCGGGAAGCAGCAAUGGAUUGUAAUACAGAAUCCUCCCAGAGUGAGCAGAUAUUUUGGGAUGAUCCAACAGCAAGGGAAGAGAGGGCCAAGCUCGCUGAUAAUCUCCAGUGGCCCGGUAGUCCCUCGCAACACUCAGAGCCCCUGGCGCCGCCCCCUCAAAAAGAGACGCAUUUCAAAGACUCCAUGACCGACUCUGAGCUUGUAGAGAUGGCGGCUUGUGAUGUCAUCGACCAGCAGAUAGGCAAGAAAGUCACAGUGCCACAGAAUAACAUCCUGACUCCCGAAGCCCCCAGCAUCGCCUUCCCCAUCGCUAACCCUCAAGUGGCACCCGAGCCAGAGGAGGAGAGCGAGAAAGAGAGAGACAUGCCAAGGUUCCAGCUAUCUUCCCUCAGUCCUCAGGAACGCAUCGAUUACAGUCAACUCAUAGAAGAGCUUGGUGGCAUUGUCUUGGACAAACAGUCGUUUGACCCCAGCUGCUCCCACAUCAUAGUCGGGACACCCCUGCGCAACGAAAAGUACUUGGCAGCCAUGGCUGCUGGCAAAUGGAUCCUACAUCGCUCCUACUUGGAGGCAUGUCGAUCUGUGGGACACUUCAUACAGGAGGAGGCCUAUGAGUGGGGCAGUAGCUCCAUCCUAGAUGCGUUGCCAUCCAUUAGCUCCCAGCAGAGGCGUCUGGCGUUAGCUGCCAUGCGCUGGAGAAAAGCCCUGCAGGGACCCUCUGAAAAGGGAGGAGCUUUCAGUGGAUGGAGUGUUAUGCUGAACAUCGACCAGAACCGAGAAGCUGGCUUUAGGCGGUUGCUGCAGUCGGGCGGGGCAAAGGUCCUGCCAAGCCCAUCCCCCUCCAUGUACAAGGAGGCUACUCACCUGUUUGCUGACUUCAGUCGACUUAGACCGGGAGACUUCAGAGUCGACGUUUCAGUGGCCUCUGCCCAAGGAGUCACAUGCUUAAAGCCUGAGUACAUUGCAGACUACCUCAUGCAGGAGCCAAUCCCUGCCAUGGAGCUUUACCUCCUCACUGAAUGUCCCACGGAAGAGGCGCCAACCACACCGUCACGUAAACGCAAAGCAGCAGAUGACAAAUCCAGACUGAAAAAGUCUCGUUUCCAAUAAUACCCGCACUACUACAUACAUUCCCGCAAUCUCACCCCUCAUAAUAUGUGUCAAAAUAUUUUGUACAUAAGAUGCUUGUUUUUUUAAUUCGCCAGUGAAAUAAAGUAAGUGUAGCACUUGU